AUGAGGACGCGCGGGAGCAGCUGCGUGUGUGUAGGAAGCCAUGGGGGAAGGCAGCGCUUACAGCCCAGAGCUAGACUUUGGAGGCGUGGAGCAGGAGCUGACUCAAGAGAAGCAAAUGAAAGAAAUGUUAGAACUUUCCAUAUUUGAAAUGAACAAUACAAUAGCAGAACUAGUGAAAAGACUUAGCAGAACUGAUGAUGAAGACAGUGAAUGGAAAACCAGAUAUGAAACCCAAGUAGAACUGAACAAACAGCUAGAAAGGCAGAUUGGAUUUCUCCAAGGAAAGGUGGAGCAUCUUGGUGGCAACCCAACAGACAAACUGGCUUCUGUUCGUUCCUUCGAGCAGAUGCAUAUGAAUUCUUUAAAUCAGUUUCUUACAAAACUGGAAGAGGAGAAGAAAAGUCUCCAGAAUCAGCUGAAGGAGUAUGAACUUAGACUUGAUCAAGAAGCAAAGGCUUAUCAUAAAGCCAAUGAUGAACGCCGUGCAUACUUAGCAAUGAUUUCACAAAUAUCAGGAUCUCUAAAACCAUUAGAGAAGCAGAAAAUAGAUGCAGUUGAAAUGACGAGGGAGAACCAAGUUCUGAGGAGAAAGUGUAAUAUUCCAAGAAAUCAAAGAAUACUGGACCCAAAGAAGGGACCAAUUAAAAAAACAGCAGGAGUGAAGCAUCUUCCAAAAUUGAAACUCUGAUUUCUUAUCCUAGAAUUUCUUCUUUUAUUGUUUAUUUUGCCAUUUGCAAUUACAGUAAACACAAAAUGUUAUUUUAAAAUAGUAUUUUAAAGGUUCCUCAAUCCAAAUACAGGACUAGCACUGAUAAUGUUACCUAGUUUGAGUAAUGAAACAUCUGCAAGAAAAUGACCAAGCUCAGAGAACAUCAAAGACAUCUCAAAAGAGAAAUUCUUAUGGCAUAGUCUCAAGAUAUACUCUCUACAUACAGGAACAAUGUAAGGAAGCAUUAUAGUGGAUUAUAAACAUGUUGGGUCUGGCUUUUAAGAUGUCAUCCAGAUCUAAUACAUCAUUCUAAUCCAAAAGCAAACAAGCUACUUUAUGGCUUAUAGUGUCAUGUACAAUUAGCCUUAUUUCUUGUUGAAAUGCAAGAAGCUGUAGAAAUGUUUAUGAGUGUAUUCCACACUGAACUUCUUUCAACAGACUGAAGUGGAUGCAGGCACAACAGGCAUUCUGAGAUACACAAAGUUUUGAAAAGUAGUUUUAUUAUAGAAAAGGCAGCAUAGCCACUAUGAACAAAUUUCAACAACUUCUGUGUAUUGAACGCAGGUCUUAUUUAUAGUGAAAGCAAAGUUUACAUUCUUACAGUUCAGUGCAUACAGUGCACGGUAUAUUUGUCUUGAAGCUACUCUUUUUUUUGGCAGUGGGACCAUUUCUUACUCAUCCUUGUUUUGAAAAUGGACUCAUCUGGUUUAGGCUAUUUGCUCUUGCCUUUAAAAAUAAGCCAGAAUUCAGAUGUGUCUUGCCCAAGCUAAGUACUCCAGAGUGAGAGUGACUAAAAUUUCCUUGACCAUGUGUGCAGAAUCGAUUGGUUCUUAUUUGGAAUCAAAAUGAGAAACCCUCUCAUUUUUACUUGCCUUUUAUGAGGAAGACAAUAAAGAGUUUCUAUUUGGAUAUCAUGCUAAACAAAUCAAGCCUGGGGAGUGCUAUGUGCCUUAUAAGAUAUGGCAUAUGUUUGGAUAGUUUGAAUAGUUCUUGUAUGAAUCCAACCAUUGUGAUGUUUCUGUUUGGUAGCCAGACCUUCAUUAAAGACUUUUGAAAGGCAAGAACAAAACAAGGAAUUUGAUGAAUGUGGAAUUAUGGGAAAAAAACCAGUAGUUAUGUGUGGAAGGUUUUGCAAUAGUUCCUAACUCUUUUUAACUUAACAAAGCUCACAUUAUAUUAAAAAUAUUACAGAACAAAAUUCUGAUUGAUUACACUGAUUUAAUUCAUAUAUCAGUCUGAGUCAUAAACCAUGCUUUACUGUCUACAAUAACUGAAUCUGUUCAUCGUGUUAAGUCAUAAACAAAACAACCCACCUAAUGGUUUAUUGAAUUUUAUAAACUCAUUUAUUUAGAAUAAGCUUUCUUAUUUACGAUGGGGACUAUCUUACUGGAUCACUCAUCAUGCUAAAACAUGAACUGGUUUGUUUGCUCUUUGAUGAAUAAACAUACAGAGAA